CUCGGCCUAGCCAAAGGCCCAAAACUAAGAACACCUCUCUCUCUCUCUCUCUCCCCAAAUGUCGAUGAUGAAUCUUCUUCUCAGGAACACAAUCAAUUCGAACCGUUCGAUUCAAGUUGGUCUUCCAAAUCAAGGCCUCUCGUUGCUUCUUCGUGACUCGCGGAGACAUUUCUCGACGACCGAAGCUGAAGUUGAACAGCCAACUCAGGACCCUCCUACUAAUCAAUUUAUUCAACCCGUAAACAAAGGUUUUGUUUAUGGAAAAUUGUUUGACACAAUGCAUGCGACAAAGGGCUAUAUUCUCAAUUUGCUCGAAGGGGAGUUGACCCGGGAUGAUAUUAAAGUUGACUACAAUAGAUCAUUUACGCCAAAUGGAAUAUUGAUUCAAUUCCAUUCUCAUUCUGCCUUUGAAUAUGCUCGCAAGGCGAUUGCUAGGAAAGGUCGCUUGUUUAGAUUGGAGAGGGUCAAUCCCACCCGGUGGGAUCUUCUUGCAAGUUAUGAUGGAAAAGCCGUGUUACUGCAAGGAAUUCCUCGCAAUGCACUGCCUGAUGAUGUAGAGCGUUUCCUUUCUGGUUGCUUUUAUGAUGCAUCUACAUUGCAGUUUCAAACCAGGCAGGUGCAGGGACUCACAGACCCCAUUAGGUUUGCAGUUGUACGUUUCCGCACACAGACCGAGGCGAUGCAUUGCUUCAUUACGAAGAACAGAGGCUUCUGUCUCAACAGUCAAAUCUUGCUGUGUGUUCUCCAGUAAACCACCCGCCCCCAUCCCCCUUUUUUUUCCUCUGUUAAAACUUCCCGGAUUCUAUUUAUCUGGCACUGUUUUGAGCUUGGGAUUUUAAAUGAGAUCAAUUCCUUACCUCAACAUAAUCUACUUUGAUUUUUCCUGUCA